UUUAGUCGUGUUAUUCAUAUCUUGUGCUUUCUUGGGGAUUCCUCUAUAACUGGGAUUUUGUUAGCAUUUUCUGGUAUCAAUUUACAUUGACACUGGCUUAGGUAUAGUGGUUUUAUUACUAAAUAAAUUAUGUCUUGCUACUAAUGUAAAAAUAACUUUAAAAAGAUAUAGAGGCACCAUGUCCAGCCGCAAAGGGGGCAGGAAGAAGCACCCGAAGCAGCCCAAGAAGUAGGCCGAGGAGAGCCAACAUAAGGCGUUCAAGCAGGAGCCAAAAGAGGAGCAGAAGAAACUCCAGGAGCUAAAAGGCCAAGACCAGGCCGCAGGGAAGGGCCCCCUGGUCACAGGCAGAACUAAGAAAUCUGGCAAAAAGUAAACUGUUCCUUGUGCCUGAGGCAAUGAAUUGGCAGUGGAGGCUGAUUUGGGAGGAAAGCUGUGGCCAUAAACAUUGAAGAAGACAAGUGGAUUCUUUGUGACAUUCAGACUUUCUACAAUAGCACAGUGGAGGAAAUGCCAAUGAAUGUGACUGACCUUAUUUAAUUCCUGGGAUGAGACAGUUUUGAAUGGAGCACUCGCUGUUGUGGAAUAGGUGAUGAUAACGUCCACUGUGCUUCUUUCUUUGGGAAUAUUUGAAGCUCGUCUCAAUGCUCAUAACGGAUCAAAAAUACAGAUUUUGAUGGUAACACUA